GGCCAGAGAGGCACUUAUAAAACCCUCCAGCUGAGAGGCAGUCAGUACCUUUCCGGGAAAGUUUGACCAAGAUCAGGCUCUCCUCCUCCACUUCGUCCAACAGAUCGGUUUUCCACAGACAUGGCUGAGAGGCGCGUUCCAUUCUCCUACCUCCGCACCCCGAGCUGGGACCCCUUCCGUGACUGGUACCAGGGCAGCCGUCUGUUUGACCAGUCCUUCGGCAUGCCCUCCCUGCACGAGGACUUCACCCCUUUCCCCAGCACCCACUGGCCCGGAUAUAUGCGCCAGGGCCUGCCUUCCGUCGCCGACUCCGUCUCCCCGUUCCAGUCCCAUAUGCCCGUGAUGUCCCAAAUGUCCCAGAUGCCCCAGAUGUCCCCGAUGCCCCAGAUGCCCCAGAUGCCCAUGAUUCCCCAGCCGCCACCGGCCUACGCCCGCGCCCUCUCCCGACAGCUGAGCUCCGGCAUGUCCGAGAUCAAGCAGUCCCAGGACAGCUGGAAGGUCAGCCUGGAUGUCAACCACUUUUCCCCCGAGGACCUGGUGGUGAAGACCAAAGACGGCGUGGUCGAGAUCACAGGAAAGCAUGAGGAGAGGAGAGACGAGCACGGAUACAUUUCCAGAUGCUUCACAAGGAAGUACACGCUGCCCCCUGGUGCUGACUCAGAGAAGAUCACAUCCUCCCUGUCCCCCGAGGGAGUGCUGACUGUGGAGCUCCCCUUGCCCAAAUCAGCCAUCCAGGGCUCCGAGAUCACCAUCCCCGUCAACGUGGAGAAAGACAGCAUUGUCAAGAAAGAAUGAAUCUAACCCACACACACCCAAUCCCUGCCACACACACGCACACACACACACACGCACACACACACAUUGCUAAUGUAGAUGACACGCAUAGCUGACACGUACACACAGACACAGCCAUAAUCACACAAGCAGGAGAGAUGGCUUACAGUAUCGGUGCGUGAGGCAGAGACAGACACACAUUUACAGUACUGAUUCGGUGGAGCAGAGACCCGAACCCCAGUUCCUUUGACUGGAUGUCCCAACAGCACAGUGGGGCGGAGGAAGAGGAGGGAGACGGUGGGGGGUGGAGGGUGGAUCAGAUCCCUCGUCUCCGCGACUUUCCCCUCUAAUGAUCCAACCCCCGGCAGGGAGCCCUGAGUACACACAUCUGCACCAGCGCCUUAUGCUGGCUCUGCAAUAAAUACACUCUUCAUUUGCAUUAAGAUACACACUCACUCACUCACUCACUCACUCACUCACUCACUCACUCACUCACUCUCACACACACACACACACACACACACACACACACACACACGCACACACAGACAGACACACUCACAGACACACACACACACACACACACACACACACACACACACACACACUCGCACACAUACCUUGAUAUAUAAUUUGCUUGUCAGGCACUGUGAGCAACUAAAUCUGCAUUUGCUUCCUGAACACUGCCCCUUAACGCCAACAGCAUGCUGCCAAUCACCGCUUCAGCUUUGUGAAGGAGCUCAGAAACAGACUCCUUGACGCUACACGAACAGCCUAGACAGCCCUGGUCUCUCCAAAAAGGCUGGUUCUUCCUUUCCUGUGACUGAAGAAGUCCCUAAAAUUAGACCAAGCUCAGAACAGUGUGAAUGUGAAUAAAAACUAAACCUGAUGUUUUUUCAAUUUCUUCGCUGAGAGGAAAUGUUAGUUUUUCAUCUGAUGUUGCAUUUGGGGGGAAUUGUUGCGUGCUAAUGGAGAAUAAACUUUCCCUCAAAAAAUCACCUUUUCUUAUGUUAUCAUUUUAUCAUAGUGCAUUUGUUUUAUUUGGUUAACAUAAAUAGUAACUUAUAACCAUGAAAUACAAAGUAACAAAUCUGUAUUUUAUUAACCAUGUAAACUGUGUACAAAGAGGUAGAGAGGGUGUUGUGGCAACUCAACUCGAAACAUUCUGGCCAUGAGUAGAACACCAGAACACCAGUUACCUUGGUAACACUCAGCCUUCAUCUACAACAUUCAUGGCCACACCAUAGCUGCCAACAUGACAAUAGUGACAGUAUGAUGAUAUCUGCUAGUCUUUCAGAAUGAGAAAUUGAAUACAGUCCAUAAUGGUCGCCGUCUGUUUCCUUCGUUCUGCCAAGCCACAUCUCCUGUACACAAUUCCUGUAUCAGCUCUUGGACAAGCCAUACACAGUUUCUUGCUGUGAUUUAUCAUUGAAGAAAAUAACUUGAGGUGGGAAUAAUAGUGCUACUGUAAACAGACGUUCCUAAUCUAAACUGGUAACUGGAUAAAACAGACGUGAUGCACAUCUCA